CUGUUCCCAGCCCACACUGAGCUUCCGGUGUUUGGAAACCUGAAGAUGCCUGAGCCAGCUAAGUCCGCUCCUGCCCCGAAGAAGGGCUCCAAGAAGGCCGUGACCAAGGCCCAGAAGAAGGACGGCAAGAAGCGCAAGCGCAGCCGCAAGGAGAGCUACUCCGUGUACGUGUACAAGGUGCUGAAGCAAGUGCACCCCGACACGGGCAUCUCCUCCAAGGCCAUGGGCAUCAUGAACUCGUUCGUGAACGACAUCUUCGAGCGCAUUGCGGGCGAGGCGUCCCGCCUGGCGCAUUACAACAAGCGCUCGACCAUCACGUCCCGGGAGAUCCAGACGGCCGUGCGCCUGCUGCUGCCCGGGGAGCUGGCCAAGCACGCCGUGUCGGAGGGCACCAAGGCUGUCACCAAGUACACCAGCUCCAAGUGAUCGUGCCAAGAGGAGUAGACCUGACAUCGUUUCUCCCACUCGUCAGCGCUGGAAUGCUGUAUCCUCGAGACAGUGGAAAUGGGUGAUACUAGCAGAUUUAACCACCAUAGUUUCAAAAUUCAAGGAACAACUGAUAAGCACCUGGCUAGAAAUUCUAUAAAAAAUGUUCACUGUCGAAAUUUGUGAUAAGAAAGACACACAGAAGUAGAAAAUUAAAAUAUUUGCAGCAAAAUUAAAAUGCUCCUAGCCAAAAACAAAAAACAACAACAACAAAAAAAAUUCUUUUAAGUGUUUGUCAUGUGUGGCUAUAUAUGAUGUAUAUAUAAUAAAUAUGUCAUGUAAAGCAAAAAUGCAUCAUGUUAUAUCAUGUUAUAAGAAUGUUGUUUUAAGUAACUAGGCAUGUUUAGAAAUCAUGAUUUAUGUAUUCAUACCUAUUUGAUUGUUUGUGCUUUUAGUUACGUUGAGUCUCUAUUUUUAUGGAAUAUUAGAAAGUAUAAAUCACAAAUUUUUAUAAAUCUUCACUUUUUUUUUUUUUUUGACUUGAGGGGAAAACCUUAGAUCCAGCAACUGAAGUGGAAGACGCAGGAUGGAGCUAGAGUGCAUGUGUGUUGUGAGGAAGGCCUGUGCUGAGUCCCUAGAACUGCUGUUCAAAGAGAAAAGGAGAGAGAAAGAGAGAGGGGGGAGGAGUAGAGGUGGUGACCUGGGGCAAGAAAUCCCAGUCUCCUGGGAGCUGAAGGGUAGCCUUGAUCUUCUGAUGGUUCUUGGGACAGAGAAUAAUCAGCACAUCUACUUGCACAAAUACUUUAAGGCUGUCACAAACAGUCCUAGUGGAAUUUCCAUGGACUAAGAUCCCGAGCUCUGGUGCUAAAGGACAGAAUGGCAGGAAGUUCAGGAGACAUGAGUCUGGAACCUUCACCUAAACCUCAACUCCAAGGUCUAGUUUAUGGUUUUGAUUGUUUGAAAGUCAAGUGUCAAUAUAUAUGUCUCAAAUAAGAGUAACAAGACAACUUACAAACUGCUUAAGGACAAACAUGUGACUUUGAGCACAGAUGCCAGCCCUCCCCUCUCACCCCUAAACAGUAUGUCUCUCAUAACCCUGUGAGUUCAUUCCCCAAAGGAAAUUCUUGAAGAGAAAGAAGUAACAUCUUAUAAAAUGUAAUUAAUUUUUGAACUGCUUUAUUAAAUUUUAAACAUGGU